UAAUUAAGGUGGCAGAUAAAGCUAACAAUCAAUCGGAAAUAUUCCCUGACCGGUCUGAAAAUCCUUGGCCGGAGCUCAGCGACGAUGAUCGUUGCGGCCCGCGUUUGACCGAGAAAUUUGAAAACGAGCCGGAGAAGGAGGAGAAAGCAGAAUGGGACGAGCACCCGAUGCUUCCACUCGGGGAGCCAACCGCGUGCUACUACGUACAGUACGUGCCCGGCUCCGACCAUUCCUCGGGGCUCCGGCGAUGACGACCCCGUCCAACCUACCUACUCCCCUCCGUCCAUGCCUCUCAUCUCAUCGUCUCCUCUAUAUAAACCCUCCUACAUCACACCAUCCAACCAACAAUUCACACCGAUCGACCCUGCCACAUCCUUCGCUCCAUUGAACCCCACCUUAGUUUCUUCAUCACUAGCUAGCUAGCAUCAAUGGAGGUCGCGGCGGCGCUGCAUGCCGCCAUGUUGGCGCUGGCCACGCUGGCGAUGGCCACCUUCGUCUACUUCCUCCACGCGGCGUGGCUGUCUCCGACGGCCACGCGACGCCGGCUCCGCUCGGUCGGCUUCGGCGGCCCGGCCCCGACGUUCCCGCUCGGCAACCUCCCCGAGAUCGCGGCAACGCUUGCCGCGGCCAGCUGCAGCAGCAGCACCGCGACGGCGGCGGUGAGCAGCGACAUCCACGCGGCCGUCUUCCCGUACUUCGCGCGGUGGCGCGCGGCGUUCGGGAAGGUGUUCGUCUACUGGCUCGGCGCCGAGCCGUUCCUGUACGUGGCCGACCCGGAGUUCCUCAAGUCCGCCACCGCCGGCGCCAUGGGGAGGCUCUGGGGGAAGCCCGACGUGUUCCGCCGCGACCGCAUGCCCAUGUUCGGCCGCGGCCUCGUCAUGGCCGAGGGCGACGACUGGACCCGCCACCGCCAGAUCAUCGCGCCCGCCUUCUCCGCCACCAACCUCAACGACAUGAUCGGCGUGAUGGAGGAGACGACGGCGAAGAUGCUGGGGGAGUGGAGCGAGGCGGUGGCAGCGGUGGGGCGGAUCGCGGGGGCGGUGGUGGACGUGGAGAAGGGCGUGGUGAGGAACGCGGCGGAGAUCAUCGCCAGGGCCAGCUUCGGCAUCGGCGACGAGGGCGGCGCGCGGGUGUUCGAGAAGCUGCAGGCCAUGCAAUCGAUGCUGUUCCGCUCCAACCGCCUCGUCGGCGUGCCGCUGGCCCGGCUCCUCCACCUCCGCAAGACCUACGAAGCGUGGAAGCUCGGCCGCGAGAUCGACGCGCUGCUGCUCGACAUCAUCGACUCUCGCCGCGCCCGACAACAAGACGCCGGCGGUCAGGAGAAGAAGAACAGGGACCUGCUCUCGCUGCUGCUGGCCGGGAACGACGAGGCGGGAGAAGGGAAGAAGAAGAGGUUGAUGACGAGCCGGGAGCUGGUGGACGAGUGCAAGACCUUCUUCUUCGGCGGGCACGAGACGACGGCGCUGGCCGUGUCCUGGACGCUGCUCAUGCUCGCGGCUCACCCGGAGUGGCAGCGCGCGCUCCGUGAGGAGCUCCGCGAGGUCACCGCCGAGGACGGCCCGCUCGACGCCGCCGCCCUCGCCAAGCUCACCAAGAUGGGGUGGGUCCUGAGCGAGGUGCUCCGGCUCUACCCGCCGUCCCCGAACGUGCAGCGGCAGGCCCUGCAGGACGUGACCGUGGACGACGCCGGCACGACCAUCCCGCGGGGCACCAACAUGUGGGUGGACGUGGUGGCGAUGCACCACGACGAGGCGCUGUGGGGCGCCGACGCGAACGAGUUCCGGCCGGAGCGGUUCGCGGCGGGCGCGCAGGGCGGGUGCCGGCACCGGAUGGGGUACCUGCCGUUCGGCUUCGGCGGGCGGAUCUGCGUGGGGAGGAACCUCACGGGGAUGGAGUACCGGGUGGUGGUGGCCAUGGUGCUGCGGCGGUUCGAGCUGGCCGUCGCGCCUGAGUACCGGCACCAGCCCCGUGUCAUGCUCUCGCUCCGGCCGUCCGACGGCGUGCAGCUCCUCCUCACGCCGCUGCAGCAGCACACCAAAUAGACAGCCCGGGUCAUGAUGAUUAUAUAAACAUAGCGAGUUAAUUAUUUGUAAACAACAAGCAACAUAUAAGUGAUCAACGGAGUAUAUAGAACUCUGAGACUUGGUUUUCUAUCUAUCCCGGCUUCUACCCAUCUCAGUGAGGUGUGAGACAACAGUA